AAAAUUUUAAAUUUCAUAUGUGUAAACAAACAAAUAGCAAUAAAUAAUACAAAUAAAAUGAAAUAGAUUUGUAAAACAAUUCCUAUGUUUGUUGGCACAGUAAAUAAUGAUAAACACCACUACUUUACGCGUUCGCGAUAAGCAUCGUAGCGAAAAUGAAACUUAUUUCUUGUUGACGAAAUUCACUACUAGGAAUUUUUUGAAAUAUUUCGGAAAUGGUUAAGAUUUUAAAAAUUCCAAAUUUGAAACGAAGCAAUGGGUACAUGUUCAUGAUAUUGGGCGUCUUGGUAUCUAUCGCUGUUGUAUAUUUUACCAUUAAAAUCGUAGAGUUAAGCCAUUCAAAUCAACAUAGUUGCAUAUACAAUGAACCCAUCGAUGUGGUAUAUACUUGGGUGAAUGGGUCCGAUCCAUCAUUUAUAGAAGAAUUGAAUGAACAUUUGGAUGGCAGAGGAGGCAAAGUGGAUUCAUCUCAGCAAAGAUAUGAAGAUAAAAAUGAAUUGAGAUUUUCAUUGAGGUCACUUGAAAAGUUUGCUCCUUGGAUAAAUCAUGUGUAUAUAGUAACAAAUGGACAAAUUCCUUAUUGGUUAAAUUUGGAUAAUGACAAAAUAUCAGUUGUACCUCAUAAUGCUAUUUUCAAGGAUAAAAAUAAUUUGCCUUCGUUUUCUAGUCCUGCAAUAGAAAGUAAUUUGCAUAGAAUACCAGGCGUCUCGAAAAGAUUCAUAUAUUUCAACGAUGACAUAUUUAUAGGGCAACCUAUGUAUCUUGAGGACUUUUAUGUUGCCAAUAAAGGAUUUUUAGUAUAUUUGGCAUACAUUUUACCUAGCUGUAUCAAAAAUUGUCCGUGGUUGUACGUUGGUGAUGGACAGUGCGAUCCUGCAUGUAAUUUCGAAAUAUGCCAGUUUGAUGGUGGCGAUUGUAUUGAGGAAAAUAAGAUGCAAAAGAAUUCUGAAAUGAACAAUCUAAAUACUUAUGAACAAAUUCAAUCAUUUGCAAAUAAUUCUACCAAAGAUAAUCUAACUUCAAUGGAGCUUCCAAAAGAUAUUUGGACAUCGGUCAAAGAAAAAAUCUUAAUUGAAGGCAAUACGAGUCUCGAGGAAAUAUCCAUGGCCGAUUUGGUGGCUGCGCAUAAUAAAAGAACCCUCGAUUGGGAUAAACUUACUAAAAGAAAGAAACGAGAUGCCCUAGAAUCAAAUAAAACGAAUGAUUCUGUGAAAAGGUUUUCAAGAUCGGCUGAGAGGUUUGAUGGAUUUUUGGAAUCUCUUCUCUAUACUCAACAGAUUUUUAAUAAAAAAUAUGGAUUUAAACCUAGAUAUGUGCCUGCCCAUGCUCCAAUAUUUCUAGACAGAGACAUUUUACUAGAACUUGAAAACACCUUCCUAAUGGAAUUUGAAAUAACAGAAAGAAACAGAUUUCGGCGUAAAGAAGACAUGCAAUUUGGCUUUAGUUACUAUUAUUUCCUCAUGUCUGAAUCCUAUAAAAGAACAGCCGCUAAUAUUUUUGAUGAAUUCGACACUGAUAGUUCUAGAACAUGGUCGGACAGGGAAAUACGAAACAUCCUUACUAAAAUCUACGAAUUACCCCUCAGCUAUGAAACAGUGGACCAUUUUGAAGGGAUACUACUCAAUUGCAGCGAAUCAGGACAAUAUAGUAAGGUUGAACCACCACCAUUUGAGCGAUACGUUGAUUCGAAACUUCCUACUAUAAGCAAAGAAAUGAUCAUGGAAUGUUCAACUUUGAAGGCAUUUUUGGAAAGUAAAUUUCCAAAUGUACCAAAAUACAAGCAUCAUGCUGUUAAAGAAGCUGAGAAGUAUUAUGCUACAUUUCGUAUGUUGGUAUCUAAUGUUACAAAUGUUGUUAUAAAAUUAGAUGAAAUCAGAAAUAGAAUGACAAAAUUUGUAUGCCUAAACGAUAACCUCGACGGAACAAAACCUAACGAAAACGAACUAAUCAGAGCCAUCUUGUACGAUUUUUAUUUAUCCAUGUUUCCAAAUCCAAGUAAAUUCGAGCUUCCAGAACACGCUAGAAAUAGAUUUUUAUACGUUAACGAUUUAAACGACUGGAGAGAUCGUCAUUUUACCAUAAAAUUGAUUUUAUAUCUGACUAUAAUUAGCCUAGUUUUUUUAACGUUUUUCAGUUUUUUAAGGAAAGGUUGUUGUAUAGUGUUCACACAGCUGUUUUGCUAGCAUUUCAUGGCAGAUUUAAGAAAAACUAAAGACCAAUGAUUAGAAAGUGUAAUUUUAUCUUAAAUGUGAGUCUGCUUUAGAACUUUUAUCAUUGUUUAAUUAUGUACCUACCUCAUAUUUUCAAAGGCCAUAUACAAAUUCAUCAAAAUAACAUCGCAGUCAUAUCAUAUUUGUAUUUUUUUAUUUAAAAAACUAUGUAUUUGAAAAUUUACAAAUUAUUAAAAAUAUAAACAAUUAGCAUUUUUUUAACUAAACAAUAUCAUAAAAUAAAAAUAUAUUUAAGAGAAUCUUAUUCAAAUAGUAAUGUACUAAAUAAAAAUAAUAAAUAUACAUGAUAUGACAUAAAAUGGUUAGUCAUCAUCUUCGUCACUGUCUGGCAUUUUUCUGCCCUUCUUUUUACGGACAACUCGUUUUUUGGCAGACUUUGGAGGCGGUCUCAUGGGUCGAGCAUCUCCAUUCAAUUCAAACAUAGAAUUAAUGCAUUUUUCCAAUUCUGCUACAAUUGGCUA